AUUUUAACGGUCGCUGCUUCGGUUUACUUGUCUUCAUCUAUGCUCGAUUUGUUCAAGUUAUUCUGAUUUAAUAACUGACUAUCUGUUUUUAUAAUGAAAACCUUCGUUCCGCUGCUUUUCCAUACAACACUAGCAGUUUUGUUGCUGAUUUUCGCUGGCAACGUCAGCGUAGAAGGGGCUCUAACAGAUUACUUUACUAGUUUCGUGGGUUUCUUCUGGUAUGGUGAUGGAACGAAGAAUGAAGUCCGCUCGAUACAGGAGUUCAAAAAAACUAUACCGUAUGAAGUAUCUAGCGUGGAUGAGAAGUUUAUUUCUAAGGCUGUAGAGCUCACUGGAGUGCCGAAUUCUGAACUGGACUCUUGCCAGCAGAGGGUGGUGUUGAGACUGAAAACCGACUGCAACAAGAUGAAUGACGAAGAACUGGCCAAGAUGGCAGUGCAUCUUCUGAAUUGCCAGUCGUUUGUUGAAGGCAGAAAAAUAUUCACCUGCAUGGAAGAAAUGAGCAUCAAGCAAUGCACUAGUGCUAUGGAUUCUGACACUUGGAACAGCUACCUUCUGAUGAGCAAUCGAGCCAAAGCAGUAUGUUACAUGAUCAGGAAAUCCCAGUUUACAGCCCUCGGAGAGCACACCGUCAACAAGCUAAUGGAAGCAUCCCAAAAUCAACUGGGAGUUUUGGAAAAAAUCUCCACCAACCAGGAAAACAUCCUUGGCGUAGCCGAAAAAACUUCCGAGUCUCUAGCCAAAGGUCAAAAUACUCUUUUCGAGCAGCAGAAGGAUCUUGAGAAAGCUCAGCUGCACGGUCAACUCGUCAUUGAAGAAAACAUCAGGAGACUGGCUUCCGAGAAGCAGCUGAUCCGUGAUACUCACAACACGCUGGUUCAGAUGACCAAAGAGGUGCAAUCAAGUCUGGCAAGUACUGCAAAAAUGGUCGCUGAUCAGCACUCAGACACCAAGGUCAAUCAUGCUCAACUGUUGGAGGAUGUGAACACUAUUCAGAAGAAAGCCAGUGCACUGUUUGACCGGAUUGAGGGCUACUCUGAGAUGCUGUUGAAGCAAAAGGAGGAGUUCCAAGGCCAGUAUGAGGCCACCUUGAACAACCUGAACGAAGUGAAUGAAACUAUGCACGCUCUGGUUAAUCUAGUUAAGGGAACCAGACAGACUUUGGAGGAAAAAGUGUCGUGGAUUCUGACAGCUUUGGGAGGCACGGACCAGGCAGUUGAACGACUGAACUUGGUUUUUUCGCACGUCUGUUUCUCAUUGGUGGCAAUGCUGGGCUGUGCGUUCCUCUCGGCAAAACCCAGCACCCGAUUGGCCAUUAUUAGCCUGCCGCCCAUUAACUUAGUCAUGGCUGUGUUCGGGAACAGUUAUCUGGGUCUUCAAAACCUGCUCUUAGCGACGGCAACAAUAAUUAUUGUGCAAAUGCUUGGAACUUGGGCCUGGAAGCAGCGGAAAUCCUCACAAGCUAUUGGCUUGCCUGCGUCGAAAUCGCUACCCGCAAAGCCCGAUUCAUGCAAAAGCUUUACACAGUUCAGUGAAACCGACAAGCUACGUGCUUUUCAGAGCAAUCCCGAAACGCUUGACGAUUAUGCCGAAAUGGAGCGCAAUGAAACGGACUAUUACAGUGAACAUUUCCAACGGUUAACUCCUCCUAUUUCACGCAACGGACACUAUCCCAAUCUGCUGUCCAGGUCUAGGAGCAACACUCCUCUUCGACUGAACGAGGGGUUGCGAGGUUCUUGCCGUGCGAAAACUCGCGCAGGAACUCCUUGUAAGUUGAGCGCGAUUACAGGUAGGGACUACUGUUACAGGCACCAAACAGGCGACUCGAUUAUGGGGUAAUUUUAAUUUAAAGUUUUCAACCAUAAUAUUUGUUAUCAGACUGUGAAGGCUUUCGCGGCAAGGGCGGAUCCAGGGAGGGGGUCCCCCAUUCAAUUCUCUAUCCAACGAUGCCAAAA